UAUCUCAAUCUCUCUCUUAAUCAUCCUCAAUCUCCAUCCAUUUUUUAUCUUCAAUUUCUCUCUCUUUCUCUUUGCUUUUUAUUCUGCGUAAAAGUUGCAGAGUGCAGCUGUUGCUGUUAAUGAUUACGCCCUUCUGUUAUUUCCUUCUUUAAUUUUCCCAGAGACAAGCUUUUUACUUUAUAAGGGAUGCACUAACUCGUAGGAAUACUCUUCCUGCCUUCCAAUCUUUCCAGUUGUCUUCGCUUUCUCCUUUGCUUUUCCUUUUAGAGAUAAAAAUGAAAUCUUGAAUCGUAUUUAACAUCACCCCAUACUUACUGUUUUGUUUAACUUCUCUUUAUCGUUUCAAUUAUUAGUCCCCCUCCCAUUUUCUCUUUGUUUUUUCAACAUACACAGACAGCAUCGCAGCUGCGUGGAGGUCGAGGGAGGAGAUUUGGGUUUGGGCUAUACAAUUCAACUGAAUUCUGUAUACUGCCAUUGAUGAGGGGGAGGAGAAGAAGAUCUUGAUGCACCAUUGAUAACACACAAAGAAGAAGAAUAUUUUUCCUGAUUUUGCCAACUGGCUUCAUCGACGAUACGAUUAAAUUAAAGGGAGAUGCAGCAAGAAGGUGGUAGUGGAGGAGGAGGAAAGCAGCAAGUUCAAUACGGGGAGAUGAGUGGUGCUCCAACGAUUGGUGCAGUAAGCGAGGCGUCGGAGCAGUUAGUGGAAGCGGCAUCACCUAUAAGUAGUAGACCGCCAGCUGGUGGUGGGAAUUUAGAUGAGUUCAUGAGGCUAGCAAGUGUUGGCGGCGGAGAUGAGUUGGGGUUAGGCGAUCGUGGAGGAGGAGGAAGUGGUGCUGCAAGUGGUAACCGGUGGCCAGGUCAAGAGACUCUGGCUCUUCUCAAGAUUAGAUCAGAUAUGGAUGCUACUUUCCGUGAUGCCUCUGUCAAGGGCCCCCUUUGGGAAGAUGUUUCAAGGAAGCUGGCGGAGCUGGGUUACAAAAGGAGUGCCAAAAAGUGUAGGGAAAAGUUCGAGAACGUCCACAAGUACUACAAGCGAACAAAAGAAGCUCGAGCUGGACGUCAAGAUGGUAAGAGUUAUAAGUUUUUCAGCCAGCUAGAGGCUCUUCAUACAACUUCCGCCACUGCUCCUCCCAACGUCUCGAUACCCGUCACACCUGCCACCGCCGCUGCCGCUAGCUUGGACGUGGCUCCUGUUUCAGUUGGGAUCCCCAUGCCUAUUUAUUCUGCCAGAAUUCCACCCACAACGGCUACACCAAUGUCUUCUUCUUUUCUAUCCAUUCCUGGAUCCGCUUCUGCGCCAGUUCCGAUGCAAGUGUCAGCUCCAGUCCCGGCGCCAGCACCUCCUAUUGUCACCACCACCACAGCCGUUCCAUUUGGUAUUAGCUUCUCUUCUAAUAGCUCUACUUUUUCUCAAGGCUUUGACGAUGAUGAUGACGAAGAAGAUGAAGCUGGAGUUGGAGGAGAACCGUCGAGCAUGGCUGGCACUAGCCGUAAACGCAAAAGAUCGUCUUCUCGAGGCGGCGGUAGUACGACGAGGAGGAAGAUGGAAUUCUUCGAGGAUCUGAUGAAACAAGUCAUGCAGAAACAAGAAGCCAUGCAGCAAAGGUUUUUGGAAGCCAUAGAGAAGAGAGAGCAAGAUAGGACGGUGAGAGAAGAAGCUUGGAAAAGACAAGAGAUGGCAAGGUUAGCUCGCGAACAUGAACUCAUGGCUCAAGAACGUGCCAUUGCUGCUUCAAGGGAUGCUGCCAUUAUUUCCUUUCUUCAGAAGAUUACUAAUCAGACCAUACAGUUACCAACAACAACUGUUACUAUACCCGCUGCUCCACCCCCGCCUCCACCAACACAACCAGAGGCCCUUAUUCCUACAGUAGCUACACCGUCGCAUCAGCCACCGUCGUUACCGCAGCAGCAGCCACAACAACAACAGCUGUCACAUGCAUUGCACAUUCAACACCAGCAGCAGCAGCAACAACAACAACCACCGCCACAUGCAUUGCACAUUCAACACCAGCAGCAGCAGGCACAAGUUGUUCAACAUCAGCAUCAACAACAGGCGAUUUCUUCUGAGGUAGUAAUGGCUAUCCCGGAGCAGCAGGUGCCACCCCAGGAGAUUGGUGCGAGCGGGAGCAUGGAACCUGCGUCGUCUAGAUGGCCUAAAGCUGAAGUUCUUGCACUUAUAAACCUUAGGAGCGGGCUUGAAGCCAGGUACCAGGAGGCUGGGCCAAAAGGCCCCUUUUGGGAAGAAAUCUCCGCUGGUAUGUCCAGGAUGGGGUACAAGAGAAGCGCCAAACGAUGCAAGGAAAAAUGGGAGAACAUCAACAAGUACUUCAAAAGGGUCAAAGAAAGUAACAAAAAACGUCCCGAGGAUGCCAAAACAUGUCCCUAUUUUCACCAGCUCGAUGCCCUUUACCGUAAGAAAAUACUUGGAGGUGGGACUAGCAGUGGCAGCUUUAGUGACCACAACAGAGCUGAAGAAGAAACGUCGCGGCAGAAUCAAGACACUAAAGACCCCCCACCAAGCACGGCAGCCCAACCACAAUUCGAAAACGAAACUAGACCUACUGCUGAUGCUAAUCCCCAUGGAGAAGGAAACAGUGAAGGUGCAAAGAAGCCAGUAGACAUUGUGAGGGAGCUGAUGGAGGAGCAAGGGGAGGGGUUGCAGUUGCAGCAACAACGACAACACCAUCAAGGACAAUCCUUGUUGGUGGAUGGAUAUGACAAGAUUCAUGAAGCUGAUAGCGAUAACAUGGAUGACGAGGUAGAUGAAGCUGAUAGCGAUAACAUGGAUGACGAGGUAGAUGAAGAUGACGAAGACGAAGAUGAGGAAUCGGAAGAAGAGCGAAAGAUGGGUUAUAAGAUAGAAUUUCAGAGACAGAAUUCAAGCGCUCCUAAUGGAGGAGGGAAUGGGGCAGGCGCACCCUCCUUUUUUACCAUGGUCCAAUAACAAUGGCAGCUCCCUACACCAUUCAUCACAAGAGAAAAAUGUACCAUGUGUCCACAGUUAUUUCAUUCUCCCACUUACCCUUCCUUUCAAAUUCAAAUUACCUUCAAUAAAUCGCCAUCUUCAUUGUUUUCUUCGAAGUAGCUGACAUCGGCAGACGCAGUUGCAAUUGUAUUUCAUGGUCCAUUUAUUGAUUUAUUGGUGAAUAAGAAUCCCGUUUCGAAGGAAUCCGGGAUGAGAGAUUGUAUCGAGAUUCGAGAAAGAAGAAAUAAGCUUUGGGUAAAUUUCCAGCAGCAGCAGCAUCACCACCCCCAAACUAAGCAUAAAGAGAUUACAGAAGCGUGCAUGGAUGCAGUGCAGACAGAUCUCUCCUACUUUGUCUGGUUUAAGUUAAGAAAUUCAUGUAAGAAUCAUAUUUAUUCCAGGGUUUAACUCUUAAAAAAUUCUUCCUUUUCCUUGCAA